AUAAACGUCACAGUGACGCAAGGAAGUCAAAAAUAAAAACAAAGAAGAAUUUGCAACUGUCAUGCAAUGCUAACAUGACCAAGGUUGAUAACAUAUAAGUGCCAGACAUGGUCAUUUUGUGAGAAAAACAGCUCUAUCUUUUUGGUAGAGAUGAGCGUCCACUGCGUCCUGACGUCCGCUGGCCGGAGUUUCUCUCGAUCGUGUUCCACCACUGGCUUACUCCGCCGUCUCCGACCUGCUCUCUGCUCCAUCACACGAGCAAACAUGUCUUCCAAACAACAAAUGGACCACCUCGAGAGGACAGCAAACAACCAAAGACAAAAUACGGUGUAUCCUGCUCAAGUAUGCGGCAUCACGAAUGAGUCGGAGGCAGUGAAACGUCUCAGGUUAACCGCCCAUCCGGACUUUCAAUUCAAAGCGGGACAAUGGGUGGACUUCUUCAUCCCCGGAGUGGAGAAGGUGGGCGGUUUCUCCAUGUGCUCCAGCCCGGGUCUGCUGCAGAGGGAGGGCGUCGUGGAGCUGGCCGUCAAAUUUGCCAAUCACCCGCCAGCGCACUGGGUUCACACGGCGUGCACUCUGGGCUCUCAGGUGGCAAUGCGUGUGGGCGGCGACUUCUACUUUGACCCCUCGCCAUCGGAUCCCGCCGUUGAUCUGCUGCUGGUCGCCGGCGGCGUGGGCAUCAACCCGCUGUACUCCAUUUUGUCGCACUCGGCCGAUUUGCUGCAGCUCAGCCGGGCCCGCAACAUCGGCUCGGUCCACCUCUGCUACAGCGCCAAGACCACCGAUGAGCUGCUCUUCAAGAAUCCGAUCCUGCGGGCCUGCAGGGAGUUUCCUGACAAGCUAACGUGCAAAUUCCAUGUCACCCAGCAGAGCACAGAUAUCGAGCCACAUCUCCAACCUUUUGUCAACAGUCAGAGAAUCACAGAAGAAGAGUUGAGGAUACACGUGGACCCCCAGAGGACUUUGUGUUACCUAUGUGGACCUCCUCCCAUGAUCGAAACCUUUUCCCAAACACUUGUGAACCUUGGCCUGCCACAAGACAGAAUUCUUUUUGAGAAGUGGUGGUAGCUGCUCCCAAUCCGCCCCCCUCCCUUUUUCUUUUGAUGCAUUUGUGUGGUGGGAAUUAAAAGGCGACAAAAUGAAUCAGGCGAAGCGGAAGUUCUCGGCCAGCCGUCGGAACCUGCACGUUGAUUUCAUUUUAUCCGUGAAGAUGUUUUUAAGUCAAGCAGCGGGUCCAAACAUUUAUUGACUCAAAGCAAUUUCCUAUGUUUGAACUACACUUUACAUGUAAAUGCUUUUAUUUAUUUACAUAUUGUGUGCUUGAGUGCUCAUCUACAUUUUCCACCCUUUUGGCCGAGCUGUCUUCUGACUUUUCCACACAAGCAAGCAGUAUUACAUGGCUCAGUGAGAAACCCACAGCGUAACUAUAACGGAGCCUUCCAGGUGGCCUCCGAUUGGUCCACAUCCUUAAACCCCCCCGCGGAGACCAACGCGAGCGACUCAGCGGGACCGCCAUUGUCGAAUCAUUUGAGUUGUUCCAUGAGGGAAAUGUUGUACGCCGUAAUGUGAUGAUUGAAUGAAAUAAACGACGGGGAAGCUGCGUGAAA